AUGAGUACACUGCUGAUACCAGCGUUUGCAAUAGCAGUCGCAGGACUUGCUGCGCUUCGUUGGAAUACAGCGAAACAGGUGCCGCAUCAAGUCGGAAGGCGCCCGAACGGAGCGCUCCGUCUACCAUUAGGGGAAACGAACAACGGCGAAGCGAACGACAGGUCUGGUUCCCCGGUCUUAUCUCGCCAGGACGCUCUUCAACAAGCGAGAGCCGAAGCAAGCGCCUAUGCAGCUCAAGAACCGGUUCAAGCGUUUGCACGAAAGGUUCGCAGUUUGCGACCGGAGGACCUUCUCGACCGCUUUGGCCCCAGUGCAUCGCUGCACUUUGGCACAGCGGGUUUACGUGAACCCAUGGGCCCUGGAUACAACCUUUUGAAUACAGUGGUUGUUGUUCGAGCGACUCGUGCGGUACUGGGGCACCUUGCCGACACCCUGGGCUGGGAAGCGCUGCGAACGCGUGGCAUCCUUAUCGGCUAUGAUGCGAGGCAGCACUCGGAAACCUUUGCGCAAGCUGCUGCCGUGGUUUGUGCAUCGCACCAGGUUGCCUUUGCUCUACUCGAUCGUGUCGUGCCGACACCACUGGUUGCCUUCGGGGUGGUUCAACAACAACGCUGUGCUGGAAUCAUGAUCACGGCGAGUCACAAUCCGAAGGAAUACAACGGUUACAAACUCUAUAUGGAAAAUGGCUUGCAGAUCAGUGCAGCCGUUGCCAAACAGAUUGAGGCUCGGAUGCGGUCCGAGGCGUCCUCGCCCCGAGAACGACAGGCCGAGCUUCUUUUCGCGACCAAGGAGCUGGCCUCGUUACCUCGUCAGUCCGUGGAGACACUCUGGCAGGCCUACGAACAGCGCAUUCGCCAUGAACUUUAUGCGCCGAUGAGGUUCGAUAGCGCUCGUCUUCAGAUCGUCCAUACUGCAUUGCAUGGUGUGGCCGACGAUUACCUCAGGCGACUUUUUGCGGCCUUUGCAUUACCGACCUAUACGCCGACGGCGGCACAACAGAGCCCCGACGGUGAUUUUCCAACGGUCCCGGUUCCGAACCCGGAAGAGGGUGCUGCAGUUCUGCGUCUGGCUAUGCAGACUGCAGAGCAACUUUUGCGAUCGAACAAGACGAAUGCUGUGGUGGUUUUAGCGAAUGACCCAGAUGCAGAUCGGUUGGCAGUGGCAGAACUAGCACCGCAAACAAAUCCUCGGUGGCACAUUUUCCACGGUGAUGAAGUUGGUAUCCUAUUUGCCUGGUGGAUGCUGCAGCAGGUCGAGAAGCUUGGUAAGCAACGUGCUUCCACGGAAAUGGUCUUCAUCAACAGCGUUGUUUCCUCUCAGAUGCUCGGAGCAUUGGCUGAACACCAGCACAAGCUGCGCUGCCGCUGGAUACAGCAUUAUCCCGGUUUCAAAUGGCUUAUGGAAGUGGCGGUAGCGCAAACGCGACCGCAACAGCAAGUGCUCCUUGUCUACGAGGAGGCGCUCGGCUAUGCGCUCGGCGGCCUGCGUUCGGGUACGUUGCCGGUAAAUGACAAGGACGGCAUCGCCGCAGCGAUCGUCGCAGCCCAGCUGGCUUACUUUUGCCACCAAAACAGGACUUACGGCUCGCUGCAGGGACUUCUCGAGAGCCUCUACCGCCAGUACGGUCUCUACCUCCAGCACUCUGGAUAUUUACGCUGUCGAGACUUUCGCACAUUGACGCCUUUGUUUGAGCGCAUUCGUCAACGCCUCGCGUCGGGCGAGCUGGUGCUCUUCACCGCCGACGAUGGAUGCGGAGGCGGCAAACCGUUACCGCCGCGACGGUACCAGAUCCAAAGCGUCUAUGACUGGACUCGCGGCUACUAUUGCGCGUAUGGCUGCGAGCCGGUGCCGCUGUCGCUACCGCCUCAACCCAAAACGCACUUUAUGACGUUCUGCAUCAGAGAGAGUGAUGAACAUAGGCUGAGCCUUCAGAGACAGCGGCGACAGCAGCCGAGGCAAACGCCUUCCGGAGACCGCUCGAGAACGCCAUCGUCUCCGUCGACACCGAUGAAGCCUGCGAGUCCUUCGCUCCCCGCAGACGCGGACCUACGAAUAACUCUGCGGAACAGCGGCACAGAACGGAAACUUAAGUUCUACUCAGAGCUCCAUGUAACUAGAUACAGUCGCUUAGAAGACCGCGAUGAACUGCGAAAGGCUCUUGAUCGCGCAGUUCGCGCGUUCAUCGAGGCGUUCCUGCAGCCAGGCCUACACGGCCUGGAGUAUGGAACAGAUCGUUAA